UAGAAUUGAACGCGUCAACAUUUUGGUGAAAUUAUGACUCAAGUCUAAAAAUAAAUGAUGAUAAUUUAUUAAAUCGGCAUUUGCUUUAGCUGCCAUUACUUUCGCUUUCUUAUUUUUGCAUAAGCUGUAACAAAAUAUUAACUCUAUCGAAUUGCUUGCCCUGCUAGUCGGUUUAUGUUUUUUUUGAACAAUUAUUUUAAAUAGCUGACAAAACCGCUGUUCUGAAACAUUCUACUCGUAAAAAACGGUAGAUUUUUCUUAAUUAAACGAAAAGAUUUUUUUAAAGUUUUUAAUUAGCAUCAAUGGAGUUCGCGUCUCCCUAUGCCUAUGAUUAUGGUGGGGCGUCUUCAAGUGAAAGUGACAACGAGCAAGACUCCACUUUCCUGGCAAACGUUCCACAUCCUUCUCGAUCUAUGGCCCCCCAAAGAACUCACGCUCGGGCCGCAGGAAAUGUUCCGUCGCCACCUCCUCCGCCUCCAGUAGCAGGAACGGCAGUAGCAGGAACGCGGUACGUUCAGAAGAGAAAGGAAAAAAAGCAAAAAUCGAGGAAGUCGGACACAAAUGUGAUCAACGUGAAGUUUGGGUGCCUAGAGGAAAAUGCGUUCACCAGCACUGCUCAGCCGGCGAAGUGCUCUAAAUGUCCAGCUGUGAUGAGUAAUUUGGAAGUUGUUUUCAAUGACCUCGAUGCCAACAAAGGAACCAAUAUGAUGUGGAAGUGUUCGUUCUGCUCGGCUGUGAAUCCGAUCUCGCAGGAUGAGGCUAAGCAGCCUCGCAAAGAGGACAUGCUUUUCAUACCCGAGGGAGAACAGAUAGCGGCCGAGAAGCGAGCGGCAGCGGCAGCGGAGAAAGCGGCGGGCAAGGAAGAGGGGGGAGGGGAGGACAAAGUAGACGUGGACGACGACAGUGUGCUUCUGUUCACACUAGACAUCUCGGGCUCCAUGGGGGCAACUGUGUGCCAAGGGUCGGCUAUGCGAAACAACGAUAGCUCUGGAUCUGGCAGUGACGAUGGGAACAUCGCGCAGCAGAGCAGUCAGGAUAAUUCAAACACAGGAAAUAUGAACAGAGGGUCCUCAUUUCUGAGUAACAUGUUCAGCCGCAGACCCAGAACUUCCGCACCCCAACGACCGACACGCCGCGCCGUUAUGUUUCAAACUCAGGAUGAUUCUAGUUUUCAAAACCAGUACUUGUCCCGGCUAGAUAUUACGAAGACAGCUCUGUGUUCACGACUGAAGGAUUUGAAGACCCAGAAGCCCAAUGUGAAACUGGGAGUGGUCACUUUCUGCACUGAUGUGAGUCAAAAGACAGCUUCUUUUUUUCCUCUUAACUGAACCCCCGUCCACCUUUUAAACCCUGUCUCGUCAUUCG